AUGGGAUUUUCCAGGCAAGAAUACUGGAAUGGGUUGCCAUUUUCUACUUCAGGGGAUCUUCCAGACCCAGGGAUCAAACCCACAUCUCUUAUGUCUCCUGCAUUGCAUGCAGAUUCUUUACCACUGUGUCAUCUGAGGAAGCCUCAGAAGAAUGAGAUGACUUUUCUUGUAAUUAGAAAACUGCAGAUUUCUCCAGGGACUAGAAGGGUUGUCUCUGGCUGUCACUGGAGCCAAUCUUCCCACAACCUGCAAAUCCUUCCAACACUCACGGCACCCAGUUGGAUGUGCCCUCAAGCCUUGCUGCAUCUUAUUGGGUGCCCCUUGACUUCUGACCCUGCCAGCAUGUUCACAGUUUCAACUCAUUCUCCCACAGUUAAGCACCUCUCUGCCCAUCACCACCAAUCAUUAUAG